GCGAAUAGUGGAGUUGCCAUAUCGUUGGACUUAUUGUGAAACGGAUUCGAUGGGCUCAAAAUUGGGUUUAAUUUGGGUUAUUGUGUUCAAUUGGGUCUGUCCAUGCUUAAUUGGGGUUGCCAUUUGUUCAAUGGAUAGCCACUUGGCGGCCGGGGUUCGGGUAUGGGGUUGACUGGUUGGUCUGAUGUACGAAGAGAGCGUGUAGAGAAUUCCGCCGGAUCAGCAGAGAUUGACCUUCUCCGGGAAGUAGCUUGGAGACAGCCGGACCCUUGCCGACUACAACAUCUAAAAAGAGGUUACUCUGGAUCUGGUGUUGAGGCUCCGUGGUGGAAUUAUCCAGCUGUCUUUGAUGGCAUUGACUAGGAAGUACAAUGUCGUAAGAUCUAGGGUUCCAGAUUUUGAAGUUUUCUCGCGGUUACUGUUCACUUGAGAUACUCUAGAAUUUUGCAAGCAAGAUUUUGAUCCGAGCUACACCAUAAAUGAUAAACGGGCUAGGUUGAAGCAGCUAGAUUGAAAUACAUGACAGUAUUUUGAAACCAAACAAGCAAGAUUUGGGCUUUCCUUCACUUGGAAGGGGAGUUAUUUAUGAUUGAAGGUCUUUUGAGGUAGCAUAAGCAGGUCUUUUAAGGUAGCAU